AUGCAAAAGCGUACUAAAAAUCAACAACAUCAAAACAUGCAAGGGACAGACUAUGAAAAUAUUAUGACUUGUGAUGUGGGUGAACUUCGAGACAUGACAGCCAAACUGACCGUUGUCAUAGAUAUUCAUCGGAAGCUUCAGGACAAUUACUUAACAAUUUCCAAACUUCUGCCAGACAACUUUCUAUUCAGCACGUAA